UUGCCCGCCUAACUCUUUACCUUCACGAUUUUACAGACCACCGCCGCCGCCACUGGCUCUCCGCUUCUCGCCGCUCCUACACGGCUCCCUGCCCUAACCGAACCUUAAACCGACCGGCCAGUUCAACUUUUGAGCUCCGUUUUCGAAGCUGACCUCUAGCACGUAAUACCUUUGCUAUUGCAAGUACGACUGAGGCGGAUUUUUGGAAGAAUGGAACCAGAAUUAAUGGGGGAUACGCUUGUGAUGGAAGCUGAAUAUGGUUCUGAAAGAUCCACUGGUCGGAAAAGAAAGCCUGAUACAGCAGUUGACGGUAGUAAUGAUGGCCGGCGAGCAGCGGCAAUGAGAAAAAUUACAUUGGCUUUGACAAAGCCAUCGUUUGUUCUGGGGAUUGGACCGAAGAUGUUGAGGGCAGAAAAUCGAACUACAUUGCGCAAUGUCUUGCGCAAACUUAUGAUGCAGCAAAACUGGGUGGAAGCAAGUGGUGUAUUGAGCAUGUUACUGAAAGGGACUUUGCGGGAUAGAUCUCCUAUUAGGAAUCGUUUGAAGUAUUCGGUUUCAAUGGAGCUUCUUAAGCAUAUAGAAGGUGAUCGUAUGAGACCAAAUAGGAUCAAACACAUUUAUGACAAUUGGAUGAGGAAGAUUGGAUCAAUGAAGCGUUGGCCAGUUGAGGACAGAUUUAUGGUCCAUGUAGAAUUCAUUCUUUUCUGCCUCGAAGAAGGAAGCACGGAGGAUGCACAUCAGGCUGCUUUAUGCCUUAUGCAAGAGCAUGAUUCUGUGAAUGAUCCAAUGUCAAAUAUGAUUAUAGGAUUGACAUUUCGGCAGCUGUGGUUCUCUACACUUCCAGAAGAGAUUCAGUGGAGGGACUCUCUCCAGUAUCACUCCCCAGUUCGAUCAGAUAGGAUGAUUCUAAACUCAGAUGGGUGUUCUGUUAGCAACUCUCGUGGAGAUGGUGCUUCAUAUCAGAGUCAUUCAGAGACUUCCGUCAUGGAUCGUAAAUUAAUUCGUGUUGAUAGUGAGGGUCACACAGAAGCUUCUUUUGAGGAUGAUCAUAAAAUAAAAGUGGAAAAUCAUCCCCAAAAGUUUGAGCCACUAGAUUUUUAUGUGAGUUCUGUGGAAAAAGAUGAAAACGAAGUCUCUUUCUCAGAUAAUGGAGAUUAUCAGCACUGUGUUUCAAUUUUUUCUGCUCUUGAGGGUUUGGAUCCACUGUUGUUGCCUCUACAUUUGCCAUCUUCCGUUGAGAAUUGGGAGAAUGCCCUUAGUUUAUGCGGCGAGUUUCUGAAUGACUAUUAUAAGGACGCAGUGAAGCAUCUAGAACUUGCACUCAACUCAAAUCCACCAAUAUUGGUUGCCUUACUUCCUUUUAUACAGUUGUUGUUGAUUGGUGGUCGAGUUGACAAAGCACUCGAUGAAAUGGAAAAUAUAUGUCGCGACUCCAAUGCAACACUUCCCUUCAGAUUGAGGGCUGCACUUGUGGAACAUUUUGAUCAUAGUAACGUUCUCUUGCUUUCGACUUGUUACGAGAAGAUAUUGAAGAAGGAUCCAACAUGUUGUCAUUCACUGGGGAAACUUGUUCACAUGCAUAGAAACGGAAAUUACAGUCUCGAAUCUCUUUUGGAAAUGAUAGCUUUGCAUUUAGAUGGUACAUGUGCAGAAUAUGAUACAUGGAGAGAGUUGGCUAUGUGUUUUCUAAAACUUUCUCAAAUUGAAGAGGAUAGAGUAUCAGCAGCAUGUUCAAUUGGGAGUGGUGGACAUAAGCUGAGGUCCUCUUUGAAUAUUAACUGUAACCUUAAGUUGUUUACUGAAAAGAACUUGAGAAACGCAUGGAGAUUGCGUUGUCGAUGGUGGCUGACGCACCAUUUCUGCUGUAAUAUUACAUCAGAAACUUCAGAUGGUUCUUUGGAGCUUUUGACUUACAAAGCAGCAUGCGCAUGUCAUAUGUAUGGUAGCAACCACAAAUAUGUGGUAGAGGUUUACAGCCUUUUAGAUAAGCAAAACGAUAAGCACUUGUUAUUGUUUUUAAAGAAGCACAUGAAUAAUUCGUUUCAACUCCAUUCUAAAUUAUAUAGUCAAUAGUUUUCCUUCAAA